GAUGGCAUCAUGGCAAGGCCACCAUCGGCAAAACUGUCUGCUUAACGAGAGAAAACAAAGACGAUUCUUCUUACCAGCACAAACACACAAGUUAAAGUGUACUACUGCACGGUGAUAAUGGCUCUCGCAGUCUCGCUGCAGUAAUGCGAGUUUACGGGCCUCUCUCAUUGCAGAAGUCAUGGCCACCCAUGACAAGCAAUGAAGGCUCCUCCUCCACUUCCCAUCAACGCACUGGUCACCGGGCGCCCGCACUGGUCUCAGCAGUGGCGGAACUCACGGCUCCGGUUGUGUGCUCGGCAGUUCCCACACACUCCUCUUUGUUCCGCUUGCUGCUUUCCACUAUAAAUCAGGCCACCACCUUUCCGGUACGCUACUCCAUCGCUCAUCAGUCCCCAUUCCCCUGCUUUCCCCCCCUUUGUACUGUGUUGCCAUUUGUACAGAGUUAGCCAACCCGGCAACGAAGCCCUGAGCAUUGGGGCUUGGGAUUUCUCGAAGCCAUAAAAGAGACGGAGAGCCCCCAAAAAGAAGUCUACCAGCACGCCUGUCCAAGCAGCCGCAGCAUAGCUGCUAGCUAGUACUACAAGGAAAAGGAGGGGAAGGGCGAAGAAGGGGAAAGGAACCAGUAGUGUGAGCCCGUCCCCAAUGGCUUCCUCUGCCCCCUUCCUGCUCUGCAUUCUGCUGCUCGCGUCCACGGCCUCUGCCGCAUUGCUGUUCGACGGCGGGAAAUCGGCGGCGAAGGGCAAGGCGGCGGUCGACACGGAGUGGCGGCCAGCCACCGCGACGUGGUACGGCGACGCCGAAGGCGACGGCAGCACCGGGGGCGCGUGCGGGUACGGGACGCUGGUGGACGUGGUGCCGAUGAAGGCGCGGGUGGGGUCGGUGAGCCCGGUGCUGUUCAAGGGCGGCGAGGGCUGCGGAGCCUGCUACAAGGUGAAGUGCCUCGACCACGGCAUCUGCUCGCGCCGCGCCGUCACGGUCAUCGUCACCGACGAGUGCCCCGGCGGGCUCUGCGGCGGCGGCCACACCCACUUCGACCUCAGCGGCGCCGCCUUCAGCAGGAUGGCCGUCGCCGGCGCCGGCGCCCACCUCCGCGACCGCGGCCAGCUCUCCGUGGUCUACAGACGGACUGCCUGCAAGUACGGAGGGAAGAACAUAGCCUUCCAUGUGAACGAGGGCUCGACGAACUUCUGGCUCUCACUGCUCGUCGAGUUCGAGGACGGUGAGGGCGACAUUGGAUCCAUGCAGCUAAAGCAGGCGAGCUCGGCGCAGUGGCUGGACAUGAAGCACGUGUGGGGCGCCACGUGGUGCAUGUACGGUGGCCCGCUCGCGGGGCCCUUCUCCGUGAGGCUGACCACGCUGUCCGCCCCGAAGACGCUCACGGCCCGGGACGUCAUCCCCAGGAACUGGGCCCCCAGAGGAACCUACACGUCCCGCCUCAACUUCGAAGCCUCUCUGUGAUGGACCGGACCGGACUGGGCCACGUUUUAUCGGCCCGGAUGGAGCCCGCCAAGUGGAGCAACAAAUGCAGGCCCACAUGGCAGGCAAGCAGGAGUUCUGUUGGAUGGACGAAGUAGAUUUUGUUUACCGCGGAUGUGGUCUGUGAUCAUUAGAUGAUGCGUAGCGUAAUGUGUGUUUAGCAGGAGUAGUUUGGAUCAGGAGCUGGGUGAUCUGGCCCGAGCAAGCAGCCGUCCUCUCCAAAAGGAGAGAGAGCGUUUGCUGCUUUUGCUUUGGAGGUUUUUCCUGCUGGGAAUCAGAUGCGGAAGCCGAUUGGACCGGAGGGUUUUGGACCCCUCUUGGUCGCCGCUCGCUCUUUUCAUCUACCACUGCCUUUUUCUAUUUGCGUGUUUGUUUUGUCUGUUAAUUUGUUUACCAUGGUUGAAGUGAAGGGAUCGUGAGAAAAUGUGUUCCAUGCU